AUGUAUGGGAUGUUGCUAGAAUCUAUCCAGCACUUUCUCCAGCUGGAGUACGGCGAAGAGAUUUGGAAAGAGAUAGUGGCUAAAGCGAACUGUAAACACGCGGUGUUCAACACCCACCAGAUAUACCCAGACGAUUUGGUGCUGCAGCUCGCCCGUGCGGGUUCCCAAGUAACCGGCGGUUCUCUGGAUAAAUUUUUGAAUUUCUUCGGCAAGUGCUUCAUCAGGUUCUUGACGAGAUUCGGCUACGACGUGACGAUCAAGGCGACCGGCAGAUUUUUCACCGAGUUUUUGGAAAGCGUCGACAACAUACACGCUCAGUUUUCCUUCACGUAUCCGCGGAUGAAGAGUCCAUCCAUGCACGUGACCCACGUGGACGAGUAUGGCUGCAUCCUGGUCUACAGGAGCAGCCGCAACGACUACGUGCAGUACUUGAUAGGGAUCUUGGAGCAGACGGCCAGGGACUUUUUCAUGCUGAAGCUCUCCUGUAAAAUCGUCGAAAAGAAAAACUCGACCAGCGACACGAGGUCCAUUUUCACCACCACCUUGAGGUUGGACUUCAACAACAAGCUGUACGUGCAAAAUGAGCGGUCGAAGGAGACCGCCGACCGUCUAGCCAAGCUCGGGACGUUCUCUUCCGAUCUUUUCGUGCAACUCUUCCCCUUCUGCAUCAUCCUGAACCGCGAGAUGGAGAUCGUGACCGCCGGCGACAACUACGGCAUCAUAUGGAACCACAACACCAAAUGCAUCAAGACUCCUGUCACCAAGUACUUCAGGCUGAGACGGCCCAAGGGUAUCGCGUUCACGUGGAAAAACAUCAAGACCCUGCAGAAGGUGCUGUUCGAGCUGGAGUGUAGCCGGGGCUAUCACGACUUCGGGCUGCUGCACCAGAGCUCCAAGAACGGCGAGGCUCACAAGAAGGACGCCGAAACCAAGCACUUUCUGCUGCUGAAGGGCCAAAUGAAGUACAUCGCAGACAUCGAACGCGUGGUGUUCCUCUGCAGCCCCAUCAUAAACGACAUCGACGAGCUGACCUCACACGCGUUAUUCCUCAACGACCUCAACUUUCACGGCCUCAGCAAGGAGAUGGUGCUGGCCGGCUGGCAGCACAACUCCAAGCUCCAAAUGACGUUCGACAAGGCCGAGCAAAAGGCCGAAGAGCUGGAGAAGAGCUACGUGCUACUGGACACGUGGAAAAAGCGCGGCGACGAUCUCCUCUAUUCCAUGAUUCCCAAGCCCAUCGCCGACCGCCUCAGGGGCGGCUCCUCUGCGUUGGACACUUGCGAAUCGUUCGAGAUGGUCAGCAUUUUGUUUUGUGAACUGGUCGGUUUGACUUCCGAGACGGUGCGGGAAACUAUGCAGGUGGUGACUACUAUGAACACCGUAUUCUCCAGAUUUGACGCUCUUAUGGACAAGCACGAUGUAUAUAAGGUCGAGACCGUGGGCCAGGUGUACAUGGCGGUGGGCGGGGCUCCGGAAAAGAACGAAAACCACGCGGAGAACGUGGCCGACGUCGCCAUCAACAUCCUGAAGUGCGUGAGGGAGAUAGGUGGUUCUGGUGAGCACCCGGUGGAGAUCAAAAUAGGAAUGCAUUCGGGGCCUACGGUAGCCGGCAUCGUUGGAAUCAAAGUACCCAGGUACUGCUUCUUCGGCGACACCGUUAACACGGCGUCCAGGAUGCAGUCGAGCAGUGUGCCCGGACGAAUCCAGAUCUCCGACCGUUCGAGAAAACUGCUGCCGGAGAACAAGUACAACGUCAAGACUAGAGGCAACAUCGCCGUCAAGGGGAAGGGCGACAUGCUCACCUAUUGGCUGCUGGAGUCGUAGGCGGUCGACAUAGAGGAAAGUGGGGCUUGUAGAAAAACACCUCCGUUACGGACGUACAUAAUUUAUUAAAACUAACAGUAGCAAGCGUC